AUAUAAAUAAAACGAAAACUUUCCGGGCGGGCAAUUCACUUAUGUUGAGUCUUGACCGAGUCCUCUCGUCGGCCGUCUCCGGUGGAAGUGAGAAAGUGGAGGAAGAAAGUAUGCAUUUCUGGGUGAAAGCUUCUCCCUCCGAUUUCAGUGGAACUCUUCCCAGACCUCGCAGUGGCCACUCUGCGGUCAGCAUCGGGAAUUCGAAGGUCGUCGUCUUUGGUGGCCUCGUCGACAAGAAAUUUCUGAGCGAUAUUGCUGUCUUUGACAUCGAAAAUAAAGUAUGGUUUCAGCCAGAAUGCACCGGCAAUGGCUCAGAUGAACAAGUUGGUCCCAGCCCACGAGCUUUUCACAUUGCUGUUGCAAUUGAUUGCCACAUGUUUGUUUUUGGUGGACGUUCAGGUAACAAAAGGAUGGGUGAUUUCUGGGUUCUAGACACUGAUAUCUGGCAGUGGUCAGAGCUAACUAGUUUUGGUGACUUGCCUUCACCAAGGGACUUUUCUGCUGCUUCUUCUUUUGGGAACCGGAAAAUUGUCAUGUAUGGGGGCUGGGAUGGUAAAAAGUGGUUGUCAGAUGUAUAUGUCCUGGACACAAUCUCGCUUGAAUGGACUGAACUUUCAGUUUCUGGAUCACUGCCUCCACCAAGAUGUGGCCAUACGGCAACUAUGCUUGAGAAAAGGUUGCUCGUCUAUGGUGGAAGAGGAGGUGGUGGCCCAAUAUUGGGUGAUUUAUGGGCUUUAAAAGGACUCAUUGAAGAAGAGAAUGAAAGCCCUGGAUGGACCCAGUUGAAGCUUCCGGGUCAAGGUCCUUCUCCCCGUUGUGGCCAUUCUGUUACAUCUGGCGGACAUUAUCUACUGUUAUUUGGAGGGCACGGGACUGGUGGUUGGCUCAGUCGCUAUGACGUUUAUCACAAUGAUUGCAUUGUAUUGGACAGGGUAACUGCUCAGUGGAAACGGUUGCCUACUGGAAAUGAAGCUCCUUCAGCACGGGCAUACCAUUCAAUGAACUGUAUUGGAUCACGUUAUUUGUUGUUUGGCGGCUUUGAUGGGAAAUCGACCUUUGGCGAUCUCUGGUGGUUAGUUACUGAAGAGGACCCCAUUGUGAAGAGGUUGUUUUCCUCAUCAACUGACAAUCUCCCUCAAAAUACAGAUGAGACAUCGUUGAAUGAAGGUUCCAAGUCGGCACGGGAGGAUUUUCAUGGGAGGCAGAAUGCAGUCGUAGAGUUAGGAAAAAGUUUGGGGAUUACUAUCUCAUCCUCUAAUCCUGGAAUUCCAGUUCUAAGUGAGAUGGAGGACAAAGAAUUCCUUAAUCUAGCGUAUAGUUUAAGUGAAGUCAAACCUUCUAUCACCGGGCAGGUCACACAUAUUGAGGCCAUCCAGGCACUUCGGAAUCACUGGAGGAAUUCUAAUCCUAGGUUAAUUCCACUGAAAGAUCUUGGGCCCUUACUUCGUGACUACCAUCGCUUGAUCACGAAUAGUUACUUUGCAAAUGAUGGGCCUCAAUCAGAGUUCAUUAGUACCAGUUUUCCUGGAAAAGACAUUUAUCAAUUUUACCAUAUUAACAACUUCCGUCAGUUGCGUAUGGAUGAUAUCCCUAAGCUGUUGGCAGAGUACAAACAGCUUCUACUUGAUUAAUGGUUUCGCGACGUAUUUUCUCCUCAGAAAUCAAGACCACUUCUUUAUACGAAUGUACAUGUAUGCUUUGGUGAUAUUGAUCUGUCGGGUUGAGUGCUUUCAGAUUGCUGAAGUUUUUCGCUUUUGCUUUUGCUUUAAAACUCGCUUUCCAUUUCCUUCUCUGUAACUACAAGUUGGUUUUCGUGGGAAAUAUCUGAUGGGGAAUAUACUUGCGAAAUGCAGAAUUUGAGUGGAAAUUGUCAUAUAUAUAUAUAGCUCAUCAACAAUGUGUAGGUAA